AAGCCCAGCCCCAGGCCCAGGCCCAGGCCCAGCCCCCAGCCCCCAGCCCCCAGCCCCAGCCCCAUUUACUGGGGGGGCCGCUCUGGAAAGGCGGGGUGAAGCAGGAAGGCCCGCAGAGAUGGGACUGUCGAGCUGGUCCUGGGCAAGCCUCUCGAAUCCGGGCACGAGGUGACUGCAGUGAAACUGUGCACUGGUCCAUUUGAAGAUUCUGAUCAAACCCUGCUGUCAUCAGGCCGUCUGUAAUAUACUCUGACAGCUCUCAGUCACAACACUCCGCCUUAAAGAAGAUUUAAACUCUGGUUCAGAUUCUUCACUUCACAUCCCUGAUUCCGGCAUCUCUCUGACUGAGAAAUUCUGUUCCUUAAGUGGGAGGAACACCUUGCAAGCGUUUAAACUAAGGAGAGUUUACUCGCCAAAUCCCCAGGACUGGAUUGUGAUUUGCUUUCUUGUCAUCUAAGGGAAUAUGGAUUGAGGAUGAUAUUAAUGCUGCCUGCCAGGUUGCCCGAAUUUCCCUGUCAUCUAACAGUAAACCAGUGGUCAGUGCAGACAUUGGAUGCAGCAAUGGAAACCAGAAUCUAAAAUCAUCAGAGAGCUCUCAGAAACCUUUUUUCUCAAGAGCAGCACACUUCACUGUGUUGAAUACCUGGUUGAAUCUUUCCAUAGUGUAAAAUAACGAGCUGCGGAUGCUGGAGAUCUGAAAACCUGUUUUAAUUUGUCCAUUCACUGGGCCAAACACAUUUAGAAGAAUUAUUCUCCUUGCCCACUCCAAGAACAGUGGAAAUUGGGAAAGUGUGGGAAAUGUUUAUCUCUGCGUCACUUUAAAAGAUGUGGAAAACGUGAAACAUGACAGCAGUAGUGUUUUAACAAGUUUGUGACAACUGUGACCAAAGCCACCUGGAAUCAGGGUGUAGGAUUUGUGAAAAAUUGAAGUUAUUUUGGUCCUUCACUGCCAUUAUUUAUUACAAAUUCUGAUUAAGUUUACAGCAGAUAGUUUGAAUUCAGUUUACUAAUGUGAGAUGUCAGUUUAUGUGUUGCUAAAUAUGAUGUGAUCAGUAUUACUGACUUAUCGAUCAGGUUUUGAUUUGAAUUGAAUCUGCCUGUGAGGCUGACUUCAUGUCCUUUAGAUGUUGCUUUGAUAUACUUUGUUGUGAUUAGGGAUUUUGUUUAGAAGCUAACUUCAGAGAUAGUCAGUGCUCAUGGCUUAGACUUACUACUCCAAGUGUUUGUGUCUGUUUUAUACCUGUUUACAGCUGAGAUGAAACAAGUCCAUUUUUAAAUUAUUUCCCUAAGAGUACCCGUGUGAGGUCUUUAUUUUGUGUGUGUCUCACUCUCAUUCUUUGCUGGUUUUCCAGCCCAUUCCAAACAAUGCGCUUCACUUCUCUGCUUCUCUUCUUCCGGCCUGCUCUGCCACUCAUCCUGGGACUCUCCUUGGGCUGCAGCCUGAGUUUGCUGCGAGUCUCCUGGAGUCAGGGAGAUGGGCAUGAAUCAUGUAUGGAUGCUGGGGACAGCAGGGGGCUGCCCCAUGAUACCAGUCACCUGGAGCCCAGAUUGGAAAACGGAGAGUUCAGUGACAACAAAGAGUAUGAACCCAGAAUUGUCCCUUAUUACAAAGAUCCCAACAAGCCUCACAAGAAAGUGCUCAGGACACGUUACAUUCAUACGGAGCUGGGAAUUCGAGAUCGACUCUUUGUUGGUGUCCUAACGUCUAAGGCUACCCUGAACACGUUGGCUAUCUCUGUUAAUCGAACCAUAGGUCACCACUUCAACAGACUGAUUUAUUUUACUGGCUUUCGCAAUACCAAGAUCCCACAUGGGAUGCAGAUAAUCUCCCAUGGAGAUGACCGGCCAGUCUGGUUGAUGUACCGGACCAUCCAGUACAUUUACGAGCAUUUUGGCAAUGAGUUUGAUUGGUUCUACCUGGUGCAGGACAACACUUACACCCAAGCUGAACGUAUCAAGUCACUUGUUUCUCAUCUAAGCAUCAAAGACCUGUACCUGGGUCGGGCAGAGGAGUUCAUCGGGGGUGACCCGGACUCCCGCUACUGUCACGGCGGUUAUGGUUAUGUGAUGUCGCGGAGUAUUCUUGUCAAGCUGCAGCAGUACUUGGACAGCUGUCGCAAUGAUAUCCUGAGUGUUCGGCCUGAUGAGUGGCUCGGUCGCUGCAUCAUCGAUUACAUUGGUAUCAGCUGCAUUGAUAAACACAAGGAUGUACGCUACCGCUCCUUUCAACUAGGCAAGAACACAGAUCCAGAUAAAGAAGACAGCACAGAGUUCAAAAAGGCUUUCACUGUUCAUCUGGUACCAGACCCCACACUAAUGUACCGCCUCCAUCGCCGCUUCAGUGAAAUUGAACUGGAGAAGACAUACAAGGAAAUCGAAGAGCUGCAGGUGGAAAUAAAGAACCUCAGUAAAUUGACACCAGAGGGUGAGGCUGGAGCCUCCUGGCCAAUCGGCAUCAACCCACCUUUUAAACCUAAAACUCGCUUUGAGGUUAUCAACUGGGACUAUUUCACAGAGGAGCAGAUUUACUCGUGUGUCGAAGGCACUCCGAAGUGUGAGCUCCGCGGCAUCAAUAAGGCAGACAUAAGCGACAUCAUUGAGACUGCAGUUCAGCAGCUCAACGAGAAGUACCAGCCCCUGCUACGUUUUCGCAAGAGGCAGCUUCUCAAUGGCUACCGGCGUUUUGACCCAACUCGGGGAAUGGAAUACACACUGGACCUAAUGCUGGAAGCCCACACCCAGAAAGGUUACAGCCGGACCAUUGCCAAGCGGGUCAGUCUACUGAGGCCUCUCAGCAAUGUGGAGAUCAUCCCCAUGCCAUAUGUGACCGAGGCCACCCGGGUUCAAGUCAUCCUACCCCUCACCGUGCAUGAGGAAGGCUAUGUGGGCAAUUUCCUGGAUGCCUACUCCAUGAAUGCCCUGGACAUGCAUGACAACAUGUUACUGACCUUCCUCUUCAUCUAUGACCCCUUUGAUGCCCAGCGCGUCAGUCAGAAUGAUGUGUUUGCGGGGGUGAAGUCCGCCAUAGCUGAGAUUGAAAAGCGUUACUCUGAUGUGAAAAUCCCAUGGAUUAGUGUCAAGACGGAUGUUCCUUCCCAGGUGAAGAUCAUGGACAUUAUCUCCAAGAAGCACCCCGUGGACACUUUGUUCUUCAUCGCCAGCGUCUGGACUGAGAUCAACGGUGAGUUUCUUAACCGCUGCCGCAUGAACACCAUAAACAACUGGCAGGUCUUCUUUCCCAUCCACUUCCAAGAGUAUAAUCCUGCUGUCGUCUACCGGGAGCAGCAGACCCCCUCCUCUGCCGAGUUCCUGAAGGAUGGCCAUUUUGACCGCCGGGUCUUUAGUGAGUCCUGCUUCUUCAACUCUGACUACAUGGCAGCUCGGACCAAGAUGGCUGCCGACAUCCUGGACAAUGACGAAAUGCUCGAGAGUAUGGAGGUGUACGAUGUGUUCAUCAAGUAUUCGAGCCUGCACGUCUUCCGGCCCGUGGAACCAGGCCUGGUGCAGAAGUACACCCACCGCACGUGUAACCCCCGGCUGAGCGAGGAGGUCUACCACCGCUGUGUGCUCAGCAACCUGGAAGGGCUGGCAUCACGCUCCCAGCUGGCCUUGGCCAUAUUUGAGCAAGAACAAGCCAACAGCACUUAGAUUUGAUUGUAGCAAGAAGUAUUUUGGUAAUCAUACACAGGAUUUGAUGUGGAGAACUGUUGGCUGUAGCCCAUUAGAGUCUCUGGAAUCUCCAUUUAAAUCUACUCCCCUUCAUGUAAAGGGUAGGGGUAAUCUGGUACUCUUCCCACCCCUAAGACCCCACACCAAAGCAAACAAUUGAGGCUAGGGAUCAAUCCCCAUAAUUUAAAAUCUAAGAUCAACAAAUUUAAACAAACUUAAUUAAAGUUUAUGCAGUUGCCUUCUAGUUAUAUCAGUUUUGUUUUAAUCCGUGACUUGUAACAUUAGUGGAACAGGCAUUCCCUAAGGUUGCUAGGUGGCCACAUUAAAUUCAGAAUCGAAGUCAAUGUGGGGCUUAUUUCAAGGUUUGCAAUAAGCCUUUCCACCAUUGCUAGGCAGAUGUGGAUACUGUCACUGAACUGCCUAUUGCAUAAAUGUUGCCUGUCAUCCAAUGCUGGCUUGCUUAUUUAAAGUUAAUGUAUAUAACUAGAGGAUUUCAUUACACCAUAAAGGUCAGCCAUGAUCCCAUUGAAUGUUGGGAUAGUUUCCUAGCUCGAAGAUCGCUGCUGAUCUGAAAGAUUUGGAAUUUUGGAUGAUUAUAAUCCAGCAAGGAAUUACUAGCUGUUCUCCGUUCUUUCCUUAUUUCCCAUCUGUACACUUCCUGAGCCCAAAUUCAGCCUGAUCUGCCUGUUUUUGAUUUUAGUAUCUUCAGGCUCACUGCAGUGCUGCAUCAUGGCCUUUCCCUAUUGCUGUUCUCAGCAUCUGAAUAGUUUGGAAUUGAACAGGAGCUGCUGCAUUCUCCAUUCCUAGCGUUUCUCAAUUUGAGCAAAGGCAUCCUCCAGGAAAACACCUAGCAUUAACCGGAGGGAAGAUUUAAUCAGACCAUUUGACAGAUUCCCCCUACUGAUUCAGCUAUCCUGCAAACUGUCUGAUUUUCAACAUAAAGAUCAGCCAUCAUUUUACAUUCCAUGAGAGCUUUAACAGGAGCACCUGACAGGAAGAGGUCAUUCGGCAUAGUCACUCAGUGGUUAGAGCUGCUGCCUUGCAGCGCUAGCCUUGGGAAACUAUCUGUGUGGCUUUCCUGCAGAUGCUCUGGUUUCUUCCCGUGGUCCAAACAUAUGCAGGCUAGGUGAAUUAGUCAUCAGAAAUACAGGGUUGCAGGAAUAUGGUAGGGGGGUGUGUCUAGGUGGAUACUGUUUGCAGCUUCAGUAUUUACUCGAUGGGCCGAAUGGUCUGCUUCCACGCCAGAGGGAUGUAUGAUUCAGCCCAUCCAGACCUCUAGCAUACUCUCUCCACUCUUUAGUCACAGAGACUACUCAUCCAUUUGAUUUCCUUGAGGAGAGUUCUGAGCUUUCAGUGGGAUGCAGAACAUUAACCGUUGUAACUGGAACACUUACCUGCAUUAGUCACCCUUGUUAGUGCUGAGCACUCCCCAUUGGUGUGAUGUACAGAAUAUUGUAACAUGGAACUAGGUCUCUUAACCCAGCAACAACAUAAAGCUCCUGUAGUUUUGAAGAAGAGUCAAAUUCAAAACAUUCACUGUUUUUCUCUCUGCACAGAUGCCACCAGACCUGCUGAGUUUCUCCAGUGUUCUGUUUUUAUCAGAUUUCCAGCAUCUGCAGUUCUUUGUAAAACUUCUGACCUUGUCCAAUCCUGUAAAACAGACAAUACCACGCGUGGUUUCUAGCUUUGACUUCUUAGAACAGUUGAAUUGAAUUGAUUAUCAUGUGUACCGAGGCACAGUGAAAAGCUUUGUUUUGCGAGCAAUACAGGCAGAUCAGAGUUAAGGAGCAUAAAUAAGUAAAUAAUAGGUAAACAGUGGCAAGAACAAAAACACAGGUACAAACUUAUUUGUUUGUUUAGUUUUAGUUGCCGGAGAAUGUGGCCCACUUUGCUGACCUACACUCACCCCACAGCCAGGAGACCCCAGUACUACCUCUGUCUCGACGCUGAGAAUCCCAGCUCUGGGCAUACCAUGCUGCUGCAGCAGCAACCACCUCACCAAC